AUGGGGGUGAUGUACCCGGGAUGGGGGGCUCUGUCACCUCAGGGUCAGGCAUGUGCAGAGCUGCUCUGUUCUGUCUCACUGCAGGUGACUGAAAGCUUCCUCAGCAAAGAAAUCACCUGUGUGGUGUCCAGCAACAGAGAGGCCAAGCGGGGCCAGGCCAGGAGUCGGGAGGAGAAGCGGAGCAGCCCAGCUGCAGAAGGCACAAAAACCACGAGCUCAGUGCCUGCUGCCCCCAAAGGGAACCCAGCCAGACCUGGCCAGAAGCCACCAUACACUGCACUGCUGAGCAGGGGGAAGGAGCUGCUGCACAAGGCCAUGAAGAACCAGGACACCUGCAGUGGCAGCAGCAUCCUCGCCAACGCUCGCCUGUGGGGAGUCCAGAUCCUGCAUGUGGAUGAAAUGUUGUCCUAUGCCCAGCAGCUGCUGCGAGCCAUCUCAGGAGCAAGGAAGCAGUGCCAGAAGACAGAGGUGAAAUGCCCCGCCUCCAGAUCCAAAAUUCACAAAGGAAAAUUGAAGCCCCCUUUCCUGAAAGUUGAAGACCAGAGCAGGCAAUUCCGGCCCUUCCAUCACCAGUUCCAAAGCUUUCCUGACCUCAACUUCUUGGCACCCAAAGGCUCCAGCCCAUUUGAGCCUCUGAAAAGCCUCUCCAGUUCCUGCCAAGCCAGGGGUGCUGAGGGCUGUGCCCUGCACAGCGCCGGCGGGAGGAGCCCCCGCUCCACACGCAUCACCCUGCCCAGGAAAAGGAGGGGCUUUUGUGAGUGCUGCCAGGAGACCUUUGAGGAGCUGCAGAAGCACCUCCAGAGCCCCCAGCACCAGCGCUUUGCCCAGGACAGCUCCCAGUACAUCCCUGUGGAUCGUGUCAUCUCCCACCUCAGCAGCAGCUUUGAGGAGUGGUCAGCCAAGGUGCCCUGGUCCUGCCUGGCAGAUGAACGUGUAGUGCCUCAAGCACACAACACUGGAGGAAUCAAACUGCUGCCAGCAGAGCUCGGAAAGGAAGGGGAACGGCCUGAGCAGGACGCUGUGGAACUGAUAACAGAUGCAGAGCUGGAUCAUGGCCUGAAGACCAAGGGAUGUUCCCCCUGCUUGCCCAGGGACAGGGUCAGAGAUCCCAGAGGAGGAAGGGGCUUGUCAAAGCACAGCUCCCUGCAGCUGCCCAGGGAAGCAGGGCUCAGCAGAGGGGUCUGUGCUGCCCAUGGCACCAUGGGGGAGGCUGGGCUGGGGGCUUCAGAUUUGGGCUGGGGGCCUCGUGCAGCACCCACUCCUGUCAGAGAGGCAAUGGCUUCUCGUGCACAGCCUGGAUGUGUCAGCCACCCUCCCCAAGCACAGCCUGCCUCCAGGAAGCGCCAGCUGUGCUCCAGACAGAGCUCCCAGGUGGGCAAGAGGCCCAGGCUGGAGCUGGGUUUUGGCCUCUCCCCUGCAGCUGAGCAGAUGGAGCUGCUGGGUGGUGGGAUGGGGGCACAGGGUGCAGGGCAGGUGUCUGAGCCAGGCCUGCCCCUGGGCACAGAGCUCUCCAACAGACCUCCCAGCUGCCUUGCUUUGGAUCUGUGCCUGUGUGGGAGCCCUGGGGACCCUGUGUGCCAGCCAGGAGCUGGGGCUGCAGGUUUGGAUCCUGGGGCUGUCACUGUCAGCGAGCCUGGCUGGAGCAGGGACAGAGCCCAAGGGAAGCAGCCAGGAGGGGACAGUGACAGCACACCCAGGAAUGGGAACAGGCCUGCUUUGGGGAGCACAGCCAGCAGGACCAGCUGCCCUGCUGGCUCCCUGCCCUCUCCCUCACUGCCUGUGGCUGGAGCCAGAUGUUGCUGCUCACUCCGUGUCAGGGCAGCAGAAGCAGCAGCCCCUGGAGCUCCUGACAUCCCCAGGCAGGGCACAGAGCGGGCACACAGCCCCAGCCUCCUCCCUGCUGCUCCCCAGAGCCCAGAGGCUGCUCAUGGCUUCAGCAGGAGCUAG